AUGGCGGUUGUGCCCCUCCUCGUCAAGAGGGCGCUCCUCCUGUUCACUCUGGCAACAGCAGCCGUAGUAGCCGAGACAUACGACACUCGUUUCGACGGAGUGACCUGGGACAACGACAAUUGGGUCCUGAAGACGACCACACUCGACCAAGGGCAUUACCAGUCACGCAUGUCCCUCGCCAAUGGCUACCUAGGGAUCAACCUCGCGGCCGUCGGGCCCUUCUUCGAGACCGACACACCUGUGAAUGGAGACAACAUCAACGGUUGGCCACUGUUUGGCCAGAGACAGACGUUUGCGACAAUCAGUGGCUUCUGGGACCUGCAGCCCACCACAAAUGGCACCAACUUUGAGUGGCUGCAAGAGUACGGCGGUGAGAGCGUCAUCAGCGGUGUUCCCCACUGGGCUGGCUUGACUGUCAGUGCUGGUGGGCAAACCCUCAACGCUUCUGUGGAUGCAUCGCAGAUCUCAGACUUCACCUCGGCCGUGAACUUCAAGGCUGGUGUCAUGACGUGGAACUACACAUGGACGCCUGAAGAUGGCACAUCACUGGGAAUCAGCUACACCAUGUUUGUCCACAAGCUCAAUGUCAACCAGGCCGCGGUGCAGUUGACUGUCUCGACAGAAUCUGACCUGAAUGUCACCGUGACAGAUGUCAUCGAUGGCGACUCUGCUGUGCGGACGGACUUUGAGGACAAGGGUUCAGGAAACAACACCAUCUGGACGGCCGUCCGACCCAAUGGCAUCAGCAAUGUGACAGCGUACAUCUACUCGACACUCUCAGGAGAAGGCUUCUCAACAACAAAACCGAUCACCGAUAGCCCCGAAAUUGGCCGAAACCAGUCAAGCAUCGCGCAGUCCGCCGAAGUCAGCAUCGGCGGCGGGAGCAGUAUCACCAUCACCAAGUAUGUUGGAGGAGCCUCGACAGAUGCCUUUGCCGACCCGCAGUCUGUCGCCCGAGACGCAUCGGCCUCUGCUGCAGAAGCCGGGUUCAGCACCCUUCUCGAGUCGCACAAGGCAGAAUGGGGUAGCAUUCUGACAGCGGAUUCUGUUGAUGACUUCUCCAUCCCAGACACCGGAAAACUCCCUGACGACCCUUACAUCGUGGAGCAGCAAAUCACAUCUGUGACCAACCCCUUCCAGCUUUUGCAGAACACCGUCGGCCCAAAUGCCAUCGCGGCAGCUGGAAACAACUCCAUGCUGAAUGUCAACAGCAUCAGCGUUGGCGGCCUCGGGUCUGAUAGCUACGCCGGGCUUGUCUUCUGGGAUGCUGAUAUCUGGAUGUCAUCGGGCCUAGUUGUCACCUUCCCGGAAGCUGCCAAAGCCAUAGACAACUACAGAACAAGACUGUUCCCACAAGCACAGAAGAACGUUGAAAUGUCUUUCAUCUCUUCACAGAACGCCACUGAAUUCUCAUCUGGAGGCGCGGUCUACCCUUGGACCAGUGGCCGUUUCGGUAACUGCACAGGUACUGGACCAUGUUUUGACUACGAGUACCAUAUAAAUGGAGACAUCGGACUCGAUCUGUACAACUACUACGCAGUUACCGGCGAUGAGACCACGUUCAGAGAGGAAAUGUUCCCUAUAUACGACGCUAUCGCGACCUUCUAUUCCGACUUGCUUGCCUUGAAUGCGACGACGGGGAGAUGGGAGCUAACGAAUGCCACCGAUCCCGAUGAAUACGCAAAUCAUGUAGACAACCCUGGCUUCACUAUGGCCUUGAUUGAGACCCACCUCAACCGGACGAACAACUUCCGCUCGAACUUCCAACUGGGGCUGAAUGACGCAGCCGCCAACCAAAGCUCCAAGAUCGAAGUGCCUGUUCUGGAAGAGGCUAACUUGAUCUUGGAGUAUGCCACCAUGAACGGCUCUAUCUCGGUCAAGCAAGCUGAUGUCGUUCUUAUCGACGACUUCCUCGCAUACCCCAACCCAUACUCCCUAUCUGAUCUGGACUACUACGCCGGGAAGCAGUCUCCAAAUGGGCCAGGAAUGACAUACGGCGUGUUCAGCAUCGUCGCCAACGCAUUCUCUCCUUCUGGCUGUUCCGCAUAUACCUACGACGUGUACGCUUCACACCCCUAUAUCCGAGCACCUUGGUUUCAGUACUCGGAGCAGCUGCUGGAUGACUACACCGCCAACGGGGGCACCCACCCCGCAUAUCCUUUCUUGACCGGAUCUGGAGGCGCGAACCGAGUGGCCAUUUUUGGCUACCUAGGCCUGCGGUUGCAGAUGGAAUCCCUCAACAUCGACCCAUCACUCCCACCGCAAAUAUCCAACCUCAAUUACAGGACGUUCUUCUGGCAAGGCCACGCUAUCAAUGCGACCUCCAACGCAACACACACCACUCUCAGCAGGAUCCCAGGUAAUAGUCUCCCGAACGCCAACCAAGCCUACGCCAACUCGUCCAUCCCAAUCACGAUCGGCAGCAACACCACAGAAGUUGUCCAUGAGCUCCCAGCCUCGGGUGACUCCGUGACCAUCCAAAACCGGGCCAUCGGCACCAUCAAGACCUGGGCCGGCAACCUAGCCCAGUGCCUCCCAGCAACGAGCCCGGAGGACUUCGAGCCAGGCCAGUUCCCCUUCGCCGCCAACGACGGCGCAGUCUCGACCAAGUGGCAGCCCAUCGCCGCCAACGUGUCGAGCAGCGUGACGAUCGACCUCGGCGAGGACGCCGCCGGCCAGCGCGUCGCGGGGUUCAGGUUCGACUGGGCACAGGCGCCACCGCGGGGCUACGCCGUGUCGUUCUCCAACACGAGCAGCAGCGAUGGCGCGUCGGACACAGCGAACGGUGCCUCGAAUGCCACGGAGAGCGACAGCGUGGAGAUUAGUAAUGUCUACGAUGCCGAGAGCGUCUCUCUGAUCACGCCGUACGCGAGCAACACGACCAAUGUGACGGUAGACGGUGGGGUGUAUAGCGGCCGAUACGUGACUUUGACUAUCUGGGGAAACCAGGCCACCGGAGACGACGGCGUCGGGGCGACGGUCGCCGAGUUCGCUGUCAUCUCGGAGGGAGGUGAUACUGGGAACUCAACUGGCGGUGGUGGCAGUGAUGGAGGUAGUGGGAAUGGCAGUGGAGGAGACGGCAGUGGCGAAGGUGGAUCUGAGGAGAACAUGGCUGGCAGAUUCGAUGUCUCUCGAGCGUCGUUUGUUGCUCUGGCAGUGAGCGUGAUCUCACUGUUACUGCUAUCCUGA